AAAGGCGCUUCUUCCUGCGCUCUCCGGAAAUCGGUGAGAAACAUGGCGUCACACCGGACAGACAGAACGAAAAACCCCACAUCAAAUGUUGGAGAUAACUCUAAAAUCGACCUUCUGCUUCAUCCAGAACUUCUUUCUCAGGAGUUCAUUCAGCUUAUGUUACGAGAGAGGAAGAUAGCAGUGGGUGAUGAUGAGGACCGUGACGGGCUCACAGAUCUGUACCUGCGGCAUGUCAUUCCUCUCCCGCAGAGGGAUCUGCCCAGCAGCCGCUGGGGGAGGAGGAUGGAGAAAAGCCGAGCGCGUCAGGGCUCCGCCAGCGCGCACAGUUCAAGCACUGAUAGUGGCAGGAAGAGGCCGUUGAUUGUGUUUGAUGGCAGCUCUACUAACACUGGCAGUGUUAAGCUGAAGAAAACUGAUCCUUCACCAGCACCUGUCACCACAGACCGACUAAAGCCCCCGGUUUCCAGCAUCAGCCUCACAAACCCCAUACGCAAGCUCUCUGGGACCUCUACAAACUGCUCUUCCUCAAACUCCUCGAACAGGACCCCAGUGUCACCACCAGGGUCCGGUCCCAAGAGCCCCUGUAAUCACUCCAAAACUGUCAACUCCUCAGUGCAUUCAAACAAUACCACGUCUAAACUAAAGCGCACGUCCCCCAGUGAUGGAGAACCAAACAGUAAUAAGGACAUUAAGUCACCUGAUACAAAGAAAAAGAUUCAACAUAUCACAUGGCCAUAAUCUGUGAAGUCAUCUAGGAUGGACGGUUAACGCCACUGGCAUCGUCUGCUGGGUCUCUGAGGAUCAUGAUGAAACACAUGAAUUUGAAAGAUGGAUUCUUGUCACACAUCUCAAGUUGUCACUUUCAUCUUUACUUAGCAGCCUCAGGAAAGUUGACUUGAGAAAUGUGACCCUCUGGUUCGUUUCACACUAGGCAACACAUCGGCUUCUGACUUGAUGUGUGGUGAAGGUACUGAGACAUUCCUAGCAGUUUUAUGUUAGACUGGUCAGUUUUUCACUUUUUUAGCAAUGUGUUUAUAGAAAUAUCUUUCUUGCAAUUAACAAACUUUCCGUUGUGUGUGAAUCAUGUUGGCAAAUUAGACCCACUAAGAGGAAAUGGAUGAAAAAAUGCACAUGCUUUUCAUUGGUCUGCAGUGUUUUACUGGCAUAGGAGUAUUCAGAGUAACUGGAUGUGCUUGUACUGAGUGACAUUUUGAAGAAAUCUCUUAUUUCUCAAAUAAAAUGUUUGCAUUGAACAGUGUUUUAGAUCGGGAUAGGCUUGUCCAAGAGCCUUGGUCAAUAUCAGGUAAAUCCCUUGACUGUUUUUGUAUUUAUAUCCUCCAUAGGGACAAAAUGCAAUUGUGAUGCGUGUUGCAUCAUGCAUUGAUGUGUUUAAGUGAAAAAGCGAAAUGAAGGGUGUUUCAUAUGUCAGCGUUUUAGUGACGGUCUUUUCUAGACAUUAUGAAUUGAGUUUUUAUUAAACUGCAUGGAAUGUUUCUCAGUGACAACAAGCCUGAUAAAAUAAAUGGCUGAGAGCAUUGAUCAUGAUGUUUGUGGUUC